AUCAUCUCCUUCUACAGUCUUCUACGUACAGCAAAUUACAACGACAAUGUCUGGCCUCACCGACUACCCUCCCUUCCCCGACGACGUCCCCACCGUUCCUCUGCUUGUUAUCGACUACCAGCUCAUCAAGAGUGGCGACCAGGCCGAGAUCGACAAGCUUUGGGAGGCAGCUACCAAGCUCGGUUUCUGGUAUCUGAAGAACCAUGGAGCAGAGGAGGACACUGAGCAAAUGUUCCGGAUGGGUGCAGAAACGAUGGAUCUCCCUCUGGAAGAAAAGCUCAAGUUCGAGCAGGGCGACACCGGCUUCUCAUUUGGCUACAAGGCCGCGGGCGCAAAUGCGGUCGAUGAGACCGGGCGUAAGGACAGCGUCGAGUUCAUCAAUGUCGCCAAGGACGACGCGCUCGCACAUCCCACCGUCGUGCACCGCACGUACCCGUCUACGGUCGUCGCGCGCAUGGAGAACACGAUCAAGCCAUUCACGCUCAAGGCUGUCGAGAUCAACGAGACGGUGCUGGACGUGUUCAACGACAAGCUCGAGCUACCCAAGGGCACGCUCAAGGCUAAGCAUUCGUUCGAGGGCCACAGCUGCAGCGAGUCGCGUUGCAUUAAGAAGCUGCCCACCCCGGAAAUGACCCCCGAGCAGGCGGCGCUCGGUGCCCACACCGACUUUGGCUCUCUGUCAUUUCUGACCAACAAGUGCGGCGGUCUGCAGGUGUACCCGCCUGGUUGGAAUGGGUGGUACUAUGUCAAGCCCCUCCCCGGCCACGCCAUCUGCAACGUUGGUGACGCGCUUGCCGUCUUCAGCGGAGGCAUCCUGCGCUCGAACAUGCACCGCGUCGUCUCGCCACCCAAGGAGCAAGCCGCGUUCACGCGCUGGUCGCUCGUCUUCUUCACGCGUCCGGCGAACGACAUCGAGCUGCGCGCGCUCACGGAUGAGUCGCCCGCGAUCGCAGCUGCCGUCGCGGCGGCGCCCGACCCUGCCAAGUGGCACCCUGGCCAGACCGCGCAGGAGUGGUACUUCCGCCGCACGCGCAACCAGCGGGUCAAUAACCGCACGGGCCCCGAGACGUGGCUCGCGAGCCGCGGCACAGAGCACGUCGACGACACGGUCGGCCUCGAGAGCGCGAAGCCUGUUGCAGCUGCGGCCUGAGUGGGGACAUGUCCUCGUGUUAAAUGUCCCAUUGUUUGAAUAGCUACAAUUGUAUGCACAUGUAUUAUACACCCGC